GUCACAGAUUAGAGGUUAGGUCCCUGACAGUCAGCUGAUCACUGACAGCUGUCAGUGUCACUUGACAAAGAUAAAUAAAUAAUAUGGAAAAUCCCUUACAACUUCGUAAUGAAAGCCAGCUCAUGCAGGUCGAAUUCACCUCGUUCCAACCCCGGAUGUACCGCUGUUGUUGCCGUCGUCGGUUCCCGUUGCAGCGCGAGAACAACCCCCUGUUCCGGGCCGUCCUGUCCGACAACUUAGCCGAACUGCAAACCCUAGUCGAGUCUGGCCACCGCGUCAACACCAAAAAUGCCAAAGGCUGCUCGCUCCUUAACUUCGCAAUGCGCCGAAAACGAGUAGAAAUUUUCGAUUAUUUGCUAAGUCUCGAUCAAAUUGACGUGGAUUACCGCGACCGGAUGCACCAAAGCCCGCUUUUGUACCUCGCAGGAGUGUGUUUCGACGAAUAUUUCGCCCUAGAAUUGCUUAAAAAAGGGGCCGAUGUUAAUCUGACCGAUGAUUCUGGGUUCAGUUUUUUGCACCUAGCUGCGCGGGCAUAUUGCGACGAUAAUUUAAGGGUGGGUCAGCUGGUCAUAGACAAGGGGGCCGAUGUCGACCUGCGGGGGCACUACGGGGUGACUCCGCUGUACGCAGCCUGCGAGGAAGGUAAUUUUGACUGGGUGUCCAUGCUGUUGUAUUAUGGGGCGGACCCCAUGGUCCCCACCCAUCGGAAAAUACUGCCAGUGGCUGUGGUGGCGUCAAAUGCGAACCAGGACGAGGAGCAACAAACCCUCCUCCAGGAAAUUAUUUUUAAUCACACCUUCGACAACGAUAAAAUUUGUUUAAGUCUUCCCACUUUAACAGCUGCCAUGACCUUAAGUUCGGACCUUUUUGUAAAAAUUCUUGAUAAAGCUUCAAGUGUUGAGUAUGAUUUGUCCGAUUUGCAACAUUUGGUCACUUCGCUGAUUCAUGUGAAAGCGCAACACUUGGAAUUGUUUAUGCAAAAUUUCGGAUUUAUUAUUAAAGACAUGAUCGAUAAUUUCCCUCCGUUGGAGGUCUUGAUUAAAAUUUCGCUUGACUGUGAAAUGUCGGGGUUGAGGGACAUAGUCCAGGUGUUCCUGGAUAGCGAAUACUGUGCUGAAUUUGUGCAGUCUUGUGACCCGACUUUACCCGCAAUUUCCCGCUUGAUUCAAGAAUUUACAAUCGAAGAGGAAGAAAAGUUCACUCAAAUGGUUUGCCUUAUGCUUACUUACGGUCUUGGCGUUACGUCCACCGACUUGGACGCGGUGUACAAUCAAUACGGUUACUGUGAGCUCUUUAAAUUGUUACUACACAUGGCCGUUACCUUAACUAAUAACUGUAACAACGUGCACUCAAUCGCUGCGUUAUAUUACAAUCCUAACUUGUCUCUUGAUGACUUUCUAAACGAUUUUUCGAUAAACUCGCAUUUGUUACACUUUUACAAUCACCGCAAAUUAAAGGAAAUUUGUUUAGAUGUGAUAGAAGAUGGCGAAAAACUGCCAGAGUUACCACAAGUACCUUAUUUACUAGAAUUGAGCCGAAAUGCAGCUCGAAAUUUCAUAGUCAGUAAAUUCAAAAUUAGGAAUUGUAGCCAAUUCUACACAGUGUUGAGAUGGCUUCCGAUUGGCGAAAUGAACAAAAAAAUUAUCGCUCUAGAGAAGAAAAUUUACGAGUAGGAUUGUUACGAAAUGUGCCUUCGAAAAUGUGAUCUCUGAUUGUUUUAAUUGCGCAACAAAGUGUUUGCUUGUUUUACUUUACAGUGUAAUAUUUUCCUGUAACUUGGAAUAAUAAAUUAUUCAAAGUAA